AGGUGCAGUUGGGGCGGGGUCUCUCCAGCCUUUUCCUGAUGUCACGCGCGGUGAGCAGCUGAGUUUAGUGUCUGGCGAAAAGCGGCGAGCUGGUCGUACGGAUCCUGAGGUGGGGCGCCUUCAGUUCCCUGAGUACAUGGUCUGAUCCGACACGCACACACCCCUCCCAUACAUCGAUCGAUCGAUAGAUAGAGAGAACUCCGGAGAGUUUCCUCGCAGCAAAAAGAACUGUAAAGAUGAAUAUGACGCAGGAGAAUUAUUUUCUCAAGUCCGCCUUGCCCAACGACGCCCCGGUCUCCACCUUGGCCGUGCCCUCGGAUAUCGAGUUAGAGCACAAGAACGAGUAUCAGCAGCGGACUCAACAGAAGAGUAUGAGGGUCCAGGAGCAGGUCCGCACUAUGCUCAAGAGCAGCGGCGGCGGCGGCAGCAGCAGCAGCCGGGCCAGCGGCUCCGUGUGCGGAGGCUCCAGCACUGGAGGAAUGAUGAGAUAUCAGACGUCAACCAUGCCAAGCUUCAGCUCCAAGUCUCAAGCUUUUAUAACAGAUAAAAAGUACUCUACUGUCCAGCCACCUGGAUACAAACAGACCGGCAAUCAAAACUGGUCGUCUCGCUCGGCUGUGGGUAAUUAUACAUUUAAAGGAGCAUCCAUGGCAAAUAAAUAUGGCAGACAAGGAGAUGAGGCUAACCUUCACUACAGACCAAUUUCAAUUCAUCAGACUGCUUCUAGACCAAUGUCUUUUCACCAGUCUACAAAUUACAGAUAUGUUAACCAAGCACAGGUGGAUCAGCAGGACAUUGAUAACUUGUCCCUACGCUCAAUGCAGUUGCCUGGAAAAUAUGCUCAGAUCAUGAGGAAAAAAUCCUGGUCUGGCGCACAAAUGAACGGACAGGCCACGUGCCAAAGAGCAGAUGAUGGAGAGAUGUGCUUGAUUUCGGAUCAGGUUGACAAUGGCUACUUGUCUUCUGGGGGUGAUGGCUAUAGCAGCAGCAAUUAUGGUAUGAGCUACAUGAUGAGUCAAUCUCCAGGCAAGCGAAUGAGUAGUAUGAACAUGGGAAGCUCCAUGCCAAGGUUGUCAAGUGGCGCAGUGGGCGUUUCUGGUUACGCAGCGGAAGGGAUGGAAGAAAUGGCUGUACGUCGACAAAUCAGACCCCCAGCCCAGCGCAUGCUGCAGAGAGUCCAGCAAAGCAGUAAAGCAGCUCGAGGAAGACCAGCUUCGAGUUCCUACUCAACAGUAUCUAAUGUGAUGCAAAUGUCACGCACUCCAUCCCUUCGGAGCUUGGGCGCAGGAGAUGUUGGUGUCCAAGAAUUGGGAGACCUGCAAGGGAAGUUUGACACAUUUCAAAUGGCAAGGACUGAAGAGUUGGACCUGCCAACGGCUGUCAGUCUUCUGAGUAGUAACGACGUUAGUGGUCAAGUGGUUGGAGCUGGAUACAUCCAACAUAAAUGCUACCAUGAUGCAGAUGCUAAAAUUCACGCCUAUAACUUGAAGGCCAUUACUAAGCUUGUGAACCUCUUCAACCAUGAUUCUGUGGAAGUGCAGCGGAGUGCCACAGCAGCAAUGCGUAACCUGAUUUACAACAACACCGUAAAUAAACAGGAGCUGGUAAGGCAGAAUGGGAUCCCCAAGAUGAUGCAGGCAAUCAAAGGCAUUGAUGAAGAGCUAAAGGCCAACAUCACUGGAAUCCUGUGGAAUCUGUCUUCCAAUGAGAGUCUGAAGGACACUCUUGCCCGAGACGCAUUAGAGGGAAUCACGGAAGAAAUUCUUUCCCCCUCCUCAGGCUGGAGUAAUAGUGUGAAUGUCCUGCAUUCAGAGGACGAUGUCUUCUACAAUACCACUGGCUACAUUCGAAACCUGAGCUCGGCAAAAGAGGAAACACGCCAGGAACUGAGGAAUUGUAAAGGUUUAGUGGACUCACUAGUCUACUUCAUUCAGCACUCUCUCGACAACAACAAUGGAGCUAACAAGAGUGUAGAGAAUUCAGCCUGUAUCCUGCGCAAUUUGUCCUAUCGUCUUUAUGAAGAAAUACCAUCACGUUUUCAAAAUCAAUUGGAGGGCCCUGGCAAGAAUGACAGAAGUAUGAAGAAAGAUGAUGUUGUGGGAUGUUUCACUCCUCAGAGCAGGAAGGUUAAAGAGUUCAAUACAGAUUUAGCAAUAUUUUCAGAAGUGUCAAAAGAUCCUAAAGGAAUAGAGUGGCUGUGGAACCCAGCUAUAGUGAAGCUGUACAGCAGGCUCUUGGACAAGGGCAAGGCCAACCAGCAGACCACUGAAGCAGCCUUGGGGGCACUACAAAAUAUUACGGCAGGAAACUUCCGGUGGGCUUCUGUGAUGAGUCGAUUAACGAUGGAUCAGGACAGAACGUGGUACACUCUCAUGGACUGUCUGACAACCAAUAAUGAUAAUGUACUAAAGUCAUUGACAGGCCUACUUCGAAAUCUUACAGCCCAUGCAAGGAAUAAAGAAGAUGUUGCAAUCAAAGUCAUUGGUGCCCUCUUGCAAAAGUUGCCAGAGCACAGCAACUCCUCUUCACCAUCAAAUGAGGUGGCCGCUAACAUUUGCUCGAUACUUAACAAUCUGGUGGUGGAGACCAAUGAAGCUCCCAGACAAAUUGUAAGCCAUAAUGGAUUAAGAAAGCUCAUGAACAUUAAGAACAGGAGGGAUAGAAAGGUUACCAAAAAGAUGAUUUUAUGUCCAACUGAGUUCUACUCUGAGACCACAUUCUUCAAUCAAAGCUGCAGAGAAGUAGAUACUACUGAAUGUUCCUCCUCAGAAAAGGAUAAAGUAAACUUGACCUAUUCCCUUUUCCUUAAUUGUUGCAAACUGCUCUCACGUUAACAGAAACUUGUUUGGUGGUGUCUGAAUCUACUAAAAAAAAUUUGCGACUGAACAUCGCCACAAGCAACAUUGAGGUUCAGUGACUCUGAAACGUCUACAUAUAUAAACAUUUUGAUAAAUAUAUACAACAUGCCAACCCUUUUUGGAGUAGCAGAAUAAGUUUUGUCUAAGCUGUCUUUUACAAUGUGUCAGCAAAUCCAGUUUUUAACUUUUGUUCAUUUUCAAAGUAGAAUUACACCAAAAAUGAUUUUACUAAUUUAAUUGAAUCCUCAAAGUCCUGCCACGACUUGUAGCAGUCAGAUACUCCAGCAAGCUGAGUAGCUUAACAGGUUCUAAACCACUUCCACCGAUGGGUCAAGUUGUUUAGUGAUCUAAUUGAAAUAAGUGCCACUUUCUGUACCUGAGAUGUAUAAUAUCUUUGUAACUUCCAAGGUGCCCAACCUAUGUGUAUUACACUGUUGAUCAUACAAUUGUUCACUCAGCUAGUUUUUUGACAACGCACACAGUUUAGAAAUUUCAAACUAUUUGCUGUGUUUUCUUCCUCCCAUCUAUUAGAUUUCUGAUCAAUCUACUAUCUGUGAGCAAUUAAUUGGUAUGGAAUGGUCCCUAAUGGAGUCAGCAAACUAGGCUUAAUGAGACAAAGCAGCGAUACAGUGGCUAAAAAGCCAGUAUUGGCAAAGUUCAUGUGCUAAUGUAAUAAAGGGUAAUGACAAAUUCUUGGGGCAGUUUUUAUAAAUUUAUUUACACUUUAUUGAUAAGUUGGCAGAGGUUCGGUGACAUCAAUUCCAACAUGAGUCUUCAGCUAGGUAGUUACAAAAGAGCAUAGGAAGCCCUUCCAAGUCUUAAACGCCAUGAGUAUUCAUUCUGCAGUGAGAGAGUUUUAAGUUGCUGGACCAUGAUCUUUUUUAAAAAAAAAAAGCUUGAAAAAACACAUUUAUUUUAGGGUGAAUGCUGUAUGUUGAAUGUAUAUCCAUAUAAUAAUGUCUCCUUCCCAUCACCUCCUAAACAAGUCUGUGAUAAAUUUGCUGGAUUUUUCUUGGAGAACUGCAGCAGGAAUUUAAAAUACAUAAUCCCAAAGUAACUAUUUUGGUUAGCAUUUCAAACAAGCCAACUGGAUGGAACAGAAAAGCACAUUAGAUGCGGGGACUGGGGGGUGGUCCUUGGCUUGUAUGGAAAUCCAAGUCUCUGCUUAACCAUUGGCAGAUGCUCCACAACUUCUGUAAGGGAGAGCAGGAGGCCUAACGCUGAGGCUCGGAAAUUAAGAGGCAGAUACUAAGGACAAAAAAAGCAAAAGGGCCUGAUAGAGCCAGAACCAAGUAUGGAAGGAAAUGGACAUGAGUGGAGACCGAAUCUUGAAGCUGACUGGGAAGCCAGAGAAUGAGGAUUUGACCAGUCAAGAGAAGUGUUUGCAGUUGGGCUGGGAGGAUUGCACCUGUCUGUGGAGUGGAAGAACAGGGCUUGGUCUGUGGUAAUCGUGACAGGUCAAAUGAUUCGUAAAGGCCAAGCAAAUUACCAGCAGAAAGAUUUAUCAAUCAUGUGCAUCUCAUUGACCUGUCAAAUUGCUGGAAAGUGACUACUGGAAUGAGAGAAAGUGAUGAUCAGAAGACAGAUUUUACAUAAUGUAGAUAACUGAGUGAAUAAUUAGAUUCUUUGUAAAUGUAUGGAUUUUUAUGAAGAAACCUUGGCUGUUCUGAUUUUAAACUGUAAAAUGCUAACUCUGCCUUUUAUAAACUUGUAUUUUAUGCUUGCAUUAUUAUCUUCUCAAAAAACUUAAAAGAAAAGCUUUUUUAUUUAA